AUUGCUUAUAUUUGAUCUAACUUUGUAAUGAAAAUUUUCAGAAGAAAUAGACGAUGUACAGAAAUUUGUGCAGAAAAUUGCGUGGCAAAAUAUUUUCAAACAUCUUGCUUAAAUCUUAAAGCGUGGGAGAAAGGUCAUAUGACAUGACAGAAAUAUUACUGGAUGCUCAUUGGUCCACCCUAGAGGCCACUCCUUCGGUGGCUACACAGAUGUGCACUUGUGAAAUAUGCAGCCCGGUAGUUGGUAAAAUGAAAGAAUUUUCUGGCAUGCAAUGGAAUGUAUAAAUCGGUGUUGACUUUGUUAGAUCCAGUUCUUAGAUGUAUUUUCCUUUCUCUGCAGGAAUGUCCGCAGUCUCAUAACCAAACGAUGAUAAAUAAUAUGCAGAAAUGCAAUUUUCCUGUGAUACUUGAAGAAGUGACUUGAGAAAAUUCGGUAUUCCACAACUUCUUGAUUAAUUGCUGGCCUGUGCUGAUUCGUAGUACCCAGUUUAGCUGUUCCAGAGCUAGAGAGGAUCUCACUUUUUGUUGAGGAUUCUUCAAGUAGAAGUCAUGAAGCAAAAUUUAAAGCUUUUAAUUUUCUGUCAAAAGCAGUUUUGAAUUGACCAAGGGUUAGGUAAUAGGAGAAGGUUCGCAGAAAAUUCCAGUUCUAUAUUUUUCAGUGCUGGCGAUGAUCGGUGCCUGACGACUGAAGAAUGAGCUGUAUCGAGCUGCCACGACCGAGCAACCUGCUCAGUGUCAACCCCCUGUGUGGUAAGCCUAAAGACGGGGAUAUAUCCUAUCAGUUGCUUCUAGGCACCUCAGCAUCCUCUGUUGAAUCCGAUGCUUUCUCCCCUUACGCAUCUCAGAAAAAUUCCACAGAUCAUCCACAAGAGGUGACAUUAACUUUUUAUACUGAAGAUGGUAGUCAACAGCGACUUGUGGUUGAGGAAAAUCUGAGGGUGUUGGAUUUAUGUCAGCUUCUUGCUCUCAAAUUCAACGUUGCCAGAUCUCAUACAUGGACUCUUAUUGAACAGCUGACAUCACUUGGAAUAGAACGCAGUUUAGAAGACCAUGAAGAUAUUCUACAGGUAUAUGCAUUAUGGAAUCACCAAAAAGAAGGCUCUGGAAGUGGGAACAAAUUUCUUUUCAAACAGGACUUUUGUAAAUAUGAAUUUUUUCGUACACCACAGCAAUUUUUUCCUCUGUCUAUGCUGGAUCUGGGAUCUGUUCCAUUGGACUGUUUAUCUGAAUCACCAGAUUUGGCAAAAUUUGUCACUCUGCAGAACAUACUAAGUAAUGGGGAAAAGUCACCUGUAGUGCAAAGUCUUUUGUGGUGUAAAGAACCUGGUAAGGAUUCUUGGAAAAGGCUGUUCUUCCGAAUUGAAGGCUCUACUCUUUGUGUUUCUUCUGCUUCAUAUUCUAGUAAGGAUACUAAGCAACAACAACCACUGUGGCCAUUUCGGGAUCUCAAAGAGUAUGAGAUUUAUACACCUAUUGAAAAUAGAAGCAAUACUACUCCAACAUCAUACAGUUUCUGUUUAAAAAAUUCCAUUUGUCCUGAAGAAGACUCCAGAAAUCUUUUGUGGUUUUGUUGUGAAACUGAGAAGCAUCGACAGUGUUGGAUUGUGGCUUUAAGACUUGCCAAAUAUGGAAGAAGAAUUAGAGAAAAUUAUAAAGAAGUACAAUCAAGGCAUAUUGAUAGUCCUAUUGGUUCCAUAGAUAGUGGAAUGUCUAAUUCAGCAGAUUCCUUAUUAUCUGAUUACACUCCAAUGAAACCACGUGUGGCAAUGGAUUUUACGGGUUCCCAAAGUCGAAUUGUGGAAGAUCCACGAGAGGCUAAAGCCAUAGCUGCUGCAGAAGGUCAUACUUGGAAGCGCCGCCUGCCCUGUUGUCGAGCACCAGGAAGCGCUCAACAAAGUGUAAGCUCCAGUCCCACUGCUAGACCAGCCAUGGAAUUUGGUGUUCAUGCAAUUCAGCCUUGGUUUUACAGCGGGAUGUCACGUGAUGAAGCUACUCAUUUGUUGACCAAAUAUGGCACCGUUGAUGGUGUUUUUCUGGUGAGAGAAAGUAGGAGAAAUCCAGGGAGCUUUGUCUUGUCGUAUGUCUAUAAUCACAAAGUUCAUCACUGCCAAAUUUUCCCUGUGGAUGAAAAAGACCAGCUCUGCUAUUCAUUGGACAAUGGCCGUACUAAGUUUUAUGAUUUGUUGCAACUUGUAGAAUUUUACCAGCUGAACCUUGGAUCUUUGCCCACCAAGCUUACUCAUUUCCUGGUGCAUAGGCCUCGUUCUAAUGGGCAGCCAGAAUGAAUCAGACUGAAUGAAAGAUCAUAUAUUUAAGACAACAUUCCCAUUGAUCUGUGAUGAUCCUUUUAUUAGUGUGCCUGUAGACUUGUGCCAAUCUGACCGUUUUUAACGGUGAAAAUGACUUAGCCAGGGCAUAGCAGACAGAAGGUCUUCUUAUUGAAAGAAAUUUUAUUCUCUACAUCCAAAAGAAAAUUUAAAAAUUUUGCUCAAUAUUCAUGAUAUAUUACAUUUUUUAUAGAGGCAUGCAAAAACAAUUCAGCUUUUAUUUUGAUUUUAUUUUCUUGUAGAGCUUAAAAAGUUUAAUGCUUCAGUAUUUACCUGUGCGGAAGCACGUGUGAGAAUAGUAUUUUCAUUUCUUCAUUUAAAAAGUUAUGUAAAUAUCUUUGUAAAUUGUAAAAAGUGGUAAUUUUGAAUUUUUACAUCAUUUAGGUAUUUAAGAAAAAAUUUUGCAUUUGGCUGAAUUUCUGUAGAUGCUCAGAUUUUUAAAUUAAACUGGUCUAUAGUUUUUGCAUUAGUCAACAAAACUAAUGCAAAAAAAUUGGUUUUGAAUUUAUUUUGCCUUAUAAAAGAAUUCGUAAAUUAUGGGAAGAAAUGUUUUAAAAAAUGUAAAAUAUUUUUUGGGGCAGAAACAAAAUAAUCCCUUGCCCUGGUAAAAACAGAAUGCCAUAGAGAAAUUGCAGAAGUAAUUUCAGAUCCCAUGGCAUAUGAAUGAAAAAUGUUAGAAUGAAUUAAUUUUGUGGUAUUAUUGGAUUUAUUUAAUAAAUAAAUAAAUAAAGCUGUAAUAUCAUGCUGAGAAAUAAUUUCUUUUGAAAAUUCAUUGCUUAUAAUUAAAAGUAUUUAAUAUUCCUAAAUUUUUGGAAAUAUAUAUUAGUCCAGUUAUAUCUUAAGAAAAGUUCAAUAUUUAUUUUAACAUGAAUUAUAAUAUUUGUACUGUAGAAGAAUAAUUGGAUGAAUAUGAAGUUCAUAAUAUGAGUUUUUCAAAUUUUCAUCUGCCAUGUAAUGAAAUAACAAGUAGCUACAUAAACUACAAAUACAGCAUUGAAUUCUUCAGAAAUUCAGCCAUGAACAAAACCCUUAUUUCUCAAUUUCAUCUUAUUUAUUUUCAUUAAAUACAAAUAAAUCAUUUCCUCUAAACUGUGAAAUGAAGGCAAAAGUUUAUAUGUUGUAGGCUGAGUCUGUUGCUGUGCCUAAUGGUUAUAGUCCUAUCAUAUCUUACCCCACCUAACAUAACUUCUCUGGGAUCAAUAUCUCCUCAUGUGUUGAACAUGUAUUUGCACUUCAGGAGGGAAAUAUAAGGCUUAAUUUAUUUGAACUCUGUGAAUGUUUUGAUGUGUGUACUUUCAUGCUGUGUCAAAAUAUUUUAUUUUUGCACCAUGACAUACAAUACUGCCAUGAUAAAAUUCAUGUUAAUGCUAAUAAAAUUCAUGAGUUUAUUUUAAAAAUAUACUUUCCUAUGUAAGUUUGCAUUGUAAUAUUAUGAGGAAGACAUCUGUGUGAAAUAAGUUAUGUUUGAACAGUAAUGUUAUCUGCUAUUUAAAUUUAAUUACAAACUGUGUGUGAAGUUUCCUUUUUUAAACUAGCCUGAAGCACAAUCUGAUAACUGUAUUUAGUAAUUGAAAGCUGAAGUUAAAAAAAAGGAGGGGAGGGACUUCUUGUGUGUGUGGCUUAUUUUUGCAUGGAGUAAUUAAGAAUAAAAUUCAUGUUAAUUUUAGCUUUCAUUCAUUAUUUGUACAUCACUAUAUUCAUUGUUAAAGAUGAUUGAAUAAUUUCUGAUAUAAAAAUAUAGUAGCAUUGUCAUAACUUUUGAGCAUUUCUGUUGUGAGUUUUGAUUUAUAGGCUAUUUUGAAUUUUGAUCAAGUUUGUUUAUUACUGUAGUUUGUCAUCUAAGUUUCUUUAUUACUUUAGUUUGCCAUCUUUGAAAAGAAAAAACAAUUAACACCCAAAACUCCACCGUGUGUAAUAGGAAAUAGUGUAAUUUGAAAGAAAAGUAUUUUUCUAACUAACUUCUUGAUUCAGAUUCAUAAUUUUAUUGCAUAAAGUUCAUUGAUUGUGUUUAUACAGCAAAAUUUGAAGGUUUUAAUAGUAUUGUUGUACUGAAACAAUUUUACUGCCUUGUCACUAAUUCUAGUACUGUACAAAGUUAUUAGAUAUUGAAGUAUUCUUAUGAAGGUGGCAAACCAUAACUUCUAGGGCUAUUAAAUAUGGAUACUAAGCAUUUUGUCUUAUGUCUGUGUAACUAAUAUUUUUUAUCUGUAAAAAAAUUGGAACAUAUUAGAAUAACUUUAUUUCAUAUAUUAAGAAAUUAGCAUUUUGUAAUUAAUACAUAGUUAUUUACAAUAAUGUAAAUAUAUAAUAGCUGGCUGAGAUUUAUAAUUGCUUUUUAGUAACCAGUUAGCAAAGUAUUUUUAUUUUCAUUUAUUUUCUUAGUUGUUGUUGUUGUGGGGAUAAGGGGUCAACAGUUUCUAUUUUAAUUUUUUUAAUUUGUGAAAAUUCAUUUAACAUGUUCAAAAAUGUCCUAUCAUAGUGUUUUUAAAGGCCUUUCAUGAUAGUAGAUUGUGUUCCAGAAAUGAAAAUUCAUGAAUGCAUGUUCUUUUUCUCUAGCAUGUUUUGUGAUUGGAAAAAUAAUAAGCAUCAUUAAGCAUUAGAUGGAAAACUAAAUUAAUUGUUUUAAACAAAUAUAACUUUUAUACUAACAAAAUCACUAUGAAAUAUUAAAUAUUUAUUUAAAUUAUACACUUUUUAAAGCCUCAGUUAAAUUCUCUUAUGUAAAAAAAUCAAUAUUUUUUAAAAUCAAAUACUAAUGAUUCCUAUCCUAUGUACUGCUUAUGUAGAGGAGUGGAUUAGUUAUUGUAUAAUAUGUAAAACUUUUAUUUUUUAUAAAUCUUCGAACAGUUUUUGUAUAGUAUGCUAAAUAUUAUACUGCUUAAUCUGCCCCCCACCCAAAUAAUAAUAACAACGUAAAGCAAAUCAAGCACAUUGCUGCAUUAUUUUUUACAUUUUUUCCACUGCAAAGGAAAAACUAAAUUACAUUCCAUUUUUAUCUAAAGAUUGUCAGAAGGGAGAAGAAAAUUUAACAGUGUUUGCUUUUAAUACAUAUUUAAAUUUCGUUUCAUUUUAAAAAUAGUUUUAUUUUGCACUUAUAUUUAUCUUGCAUGUGAUGUGCAUUGUAUUAAAAAAUUUAAUUGCAAUAUUUUUUCCCCUGAAAAAGUCGAGGGAAAAUGGAUAUUCCUUGAUGAUGAUGAUUAUUUUAUGUUUACUUCCUGUUUUGCCCAUUAAUCAGAUAGUUUUGUGGAAUUAUAAGUUCUUUAAUAAUUUUUAUGUUGAGUAUGCUGCAGUAUGUCUAUUGAAUUAAUAUGCUUCAAAUGAGAGUGUACAUUUUGCAUAGAAAUGUUUUAUCAAGACAUUAAAAAACAGAAGCAUUAAUUGUGAGCAUAAAAGUUAAUGCUAGUAUGCUACAGUAACUAUUGUAUAUGCCCUGUUUCAAAUGAGAAUGUAAAUUUUUGUCUGGAACAUUUUUUAUGGACACUAAGGGGGGGGGAAGGUAAGCAUUACAUGAUUUUUUAAUUGUGUAUAACAGUAAUGGCAGUAUUGCAAGUAUCAACUCUCCUACCCUGUCUAUGUUGUCUAAAGUGAUGUCUGUUUCUGUGUUUGGAUUUUCAGAUUACAAAUGAGGCAGCUUCUUAAAUCCAUUAAUAUUAAUAAUGAUAUGUAUGAGGCAGCUUUCUGAAUUUUUUAAUGUUAGUAGCACAGUUACUACUACUACUUCAUUGCACUUUCACCGACUUAUCUUCAAAAUUAGUGUUUUGUCUGCCAAAAAAUGAAAAAACAAAGUGAAAUACCGUAAUUUGUGAGCUUGAAGGCUGUUCCAUUUAAGCUAUUAAGGGAGAUGAUUUGUAUUUCUUCCAAGAUUUGAUUCAUCUUUCACAUUCAUAUAUGGAGUUUUGCUAUUAAGAAAUUUAUGUAUGUAUCUAACUUUAAGCUUUCAUUUAAACAUUUGGGGGGGGGAUGAGCAAAAAUUUGACAUAAAUUGUCUGCCUUUUUAAUCAUCAGAGUUUUAAAAUCAAUCUAAUGUUUGCAGAUGCUUGAAAUCCUAUGAAAAAUCAUUUUGUCAUUAUUUUUAUGUUGCAUUUUUUGACAGUAACUGAUGAACUGCUUGUUGUAAUGUGUGCUGAUAAUGUCAUUCCAUAUAUAGUAAUACCAAUGACUUCAGUCCCCUCUGCCAGAUGAAAAUAACAACAAAUUUGCAUUAUUUUGAUAUAUCUUUAUAAUAAUGACCUUUUUUAUAGAUGCUUUGAAAUAUUUAUUUAAUAAUACUAGGCAUAAUUUUGUGUUUCUAAUGCUAAAGUAUAAUUUAUCAUAAAAGCUAUUUUUUGUAUGUGUAAUUAUUGUAUUUACUAGCAUAUUACCCCUUUUUUUACUAAUUUCAUAAUACAAAUAUUGAAUGUGGAAAAUUAUGUGAAUAAUCAAAUUUUGAAGGAUGCAGUAACAGUAAAAGAACAAAUGAAAAGUAUUCAUGGAUAAACUACUAGUAACUCUCACAAUUUUAUUUAUUUAAAAGAAAUUUAGAUUUCAUUUAAAAUACACAAUAUCAAUAUUAUAGUGGCUAUUAAAAUACCUUCAUUUCUACUUUCCUGUAUUUUGAAUCUUGCCCGCUCUUUACUAUUAUCUACUGCUGCUCCCUAAGCCUCAAAUCAUGGAAUGCUGCUGAACUGUUUUUGUGUUGGCUGCUACAACUUGCUGUCAUCAACCUUGCCAGUCAGUUUGCCUUUCCACUUGCAAAGAUUUUCAGAAGCAUCAAAAGUAUUAGAUAACCCUGUUUUCUUACAGUUCUUCACUAUUAUUGCUUCAUCAAUCAGAUCCCAUGCACCUAAAAUCCAUAGCAAAUCAAUCAGUAGGAUGAAAACGAUCAUGGCUGAAUCCAUUUUAAAAUUUAGGGAAGCUCUUUUUUUAAUCUUUUUUGGAUUGGAAGGGGAAUUAUGUGAAUAAUAUACAAAUUUCUUGAACCUUAUACUAAAAGCUGUGGGAGAAUAUGCAUGUAAAUAUGAUAAUUAACUUUUGUAACAAAGAAGUCUGUCUUUACAAAGUACAGUUGCAUUUUUGAGCAUCUAAAAAUUAACAUGUCUCCCAGUUUAGUGUGUUCAGCUGAUAUCAGUGCUGUUCCAAAAGUAAUAUUUGACUUAUAUGAGUUUUACUUAAAAUAGUAAGCAUUUCAUAAAGUGAUUUUUGCUUUAUAUAAAUAAAAUUUCUUGAAUGUACCACAUGAGUAUUUUAUUUUAAUAAGACAAAAUAAUAGCAUGAAUGAAAAAAUAUUUGAUCUUAAAAUGUGAGGUGACUUGUGUUAGAGUUUGUUGCUAACAUUUGACCAUUCUGUAAUUAAUUAUACAAAGGGUAAUUUUUUCUAGAUCAUACGAGAGUUUCUGAAUUUUUUUAAUAAGAGUAGAAGAAAAAUUUUGUGAAAUAUUUGUAAUAUAUAAGAAGUUCUUAAAUCAGGCUCAGUUAUACUUAAUUUAAACUAGUGAAUGAAAUGUAACAUCCUUAAGGCUCAAGGUGCCCUAAGAAUUCGGCUUAAAAUAUCAAAUUAAAUAUUGUAUGUGUUAUAUAUAUAUUACAUACAUAUCUAGUGCUAGAGAGAGAAUGUGAGCAAAUUUUCAUAGCUUUCUAACUGUGAAGGGCUUAGAAUUUAAACUUUUAACUACUGUGAAGUAUUAAAAAAUUCUUAAUAUGCAAUGCUAAGGAAAUCUGAAAAUGGUAUUCAAAUUUUAUACUUCUAAGUUGAUGUUUUAUUAUAAAAACUUAGUACUUCAGUUUGAAAUGAAAAUUUUAUAUUUUAAAAGAAAGUUUUUGUUAUCUAUUAAAAAUUAAUAAAAUGUAUACAAGUAAAUUUUUUAAAAUUAUUUAACCUAUUAUAGAAGAUAGACAGAAAACAUUCAACUUAGAUAUGUGGUUUGUGAUGUUAUUCAUUCGGUAUAUUUCACUAUGCUUAGGCAGAAAAAUGUAGUUUUUGAAGAAUAUACACACAUGAGGACUAUUAUGGUCUCUUGAAGUCAUUUUAAAUCAGAAUAUGCAAAUGGUUUGUGUAAUUGCACGAACAAGCAAUAAAUGCAAAAGUAAUAUACUUUCCAUAAAAUAUUUUCUGAUUCAGCUUUAAACCACAUUUUUGUAAAAUUAGCUUUUGCUCUGUAAAGGAAAACUGCAGUAAAAAGAGUGUGUUUAUGUUUUUUAAGUAUUUCUAUUAGUAAUUAUUUGAUGUUAUUGUCUUCUCGUAUAUAUGCAUUUGGUUCAGAGUAAUGUUGUAAUAUUUAUAUUUAAAAUUUUCAAGUGAAAAGGAAGUUUUUUAAGGUAUUAUAAAACUCUCAAAAGAAAGCAUUAUUAAAAAAUGCAUGUUAAGAAUAAAGAGAAAAAAUUGUAAAUAUUUGUCAUGUAAUAGUUUUAUAUUACAGAUUAUUAACUGUGAAAGCACUGCACGUGAGUUAUUAGGUGUAGAAGAGAAUUUGCAAUUAUAAUGUUUCACUAAUGGAACUGUUGAAAUACUACUAUGAAACAUGUAUCAUCUUCAUUAAAAAUAUUGAUGUGACAUUUCCAUUAAUGAAGAUAUCAUUUUCCCUUACUUGAAGUAUUCUCUGAAUGAAGUUUAUCACUGAAACAUCAAGUAAUAGCAUUUAACAAUUUCUUGCUGUGCUGAAAUAUUUUAAUAUAAACAUUCUCUGAAAUGUAUUUUAUUUUUGUUUCAGUACUGUAUUGUGUGAUUAAGUUUCUAAGUAAUGUAAUAAAAUCCCAGCUGUCAUACCAAAGUUGUUUUUGCUUCAGGUAAAAGUUUUAUUUUUUAGAAAUACGAAUUAUGAUAUAUAGUCUAUAUUUAUUAUGGGUCAUUCAUAGUAGUUUGUUAAGUAUCUUUUGUGCUUUGAAAUGUAUAGCAUUAUCAUAUUUUUGUGUAAAUGGUAUUAAAUUAUUUACUGCACAUCAUUGUUUAGUUUCUACAAUUCAUUUUUUUUACAUACUUAUCUAUGUAUUUAGUGUAUUUAUUUCUGUAAAAUACUCUUUAAUGUAACAUUUAUAACAUGUAAGCUGUUGUAGCAUUAUAAAUUUGUGAUUGGCCUAUUGGCACAGUCCUCAUACCUAUGCAAUAAAAAUGUUUCUCAGCAA